CCGAUCCCCAUUUCUGAGUCCACGAUCCCCAACCCUCCUCUCAUCGUCUUCUUCUUCUUCUUCUUCUUCUUCCUCGUCCCACCGCCACCACCACCUCCGCCGCCAUGGAUAACCUCCUCUUCCUCGUCGUCGCCGCCGUCGUCGUCGUCGCCAUGAUCGGCCCCUCCGCGGCGGAGAUCAAAACCCUGAAGAUCGAAUCCGACCCCCGCGCCAUCAUCCUCUUCGAGAAGUUCGGCUUCACCCCGCGCGGCUCCGUCACCAUCUCCGUGUCCUCCGCCUCGUCCUCCCUCUCCGCGCCCGACCCGUCCCUCCUUGGCUUCUUCCUCGUCUCCGACGAGGAACUCCUCCAAGCCUCCUACGCCUCCCAGCUCCCCUCCGCCGAGGAGAACGCCCCCUCCUGCGUCCUCUCCAGCCCCUACGUGAAGAAGCUCUUCACCUUCGGCGACCUCACCGACGGCUACUUCAACAACUCCUUCCCCAUCGUCCAGCCCGACGAGUACUCCCUCUGCUUCGCCAACUGCGCCCCCGAAACCCUAGUCUCCAUGGCCGUGCGCACCGAGAUGUUCAACACCCUCCCCGACGGAUCCCGUGACUACCUCUCCGUCGGCGUCUCCCGCGUCCCCGCCAUCUACGCCUUCUUCGCCGUCGCCUACGUCGCCUUCCUCGCCGCGUGGAUCUACCUCUCCCUCUACAAGAACCGCCUCUCCGCGCAUCGGAUCCAUCACCUCAUGUCCGGGCUCCUCCUCGCCCGAUUCCUCUAUCUCAUCUGCGCCGCCGAGGACCAGCACUACAUCCGCGUCACCGGGACCUCGCACGGAUGGGACGUGCUCUUCUACCUCUUCCAAUUCAUCAAGGGUGUGCUCCUCUUCGCCGUCAUCGUCCUCAUCGGCACCGGGUGGUCCUUCCUCAAGCCCUUCCUCCAGGAGCGCGAGAAGAAGGUGCUCAUGGUGGUGAUCCCACUUCAGGUGAUCGCCAACAUCGCCUCCGUCGUGAUCGGCGAGACCGGGCCCUUCAUCCGCGACUGGGUCACCUGGAACCAGGUCUUCCUCCUCAUCGACGUGAUCUGCUGCUGCGCCGUGCUCUUCCCCAUCAUCUGGUCCAUCCGGUCCCUCCGCGAGACCUCCAAGACCGACGGCAAGGCCGCCAGGAACCUCGCCAAGCUGCAGCUCUUCCGCCAGUUCUACAUCGUCGUGAUCGGAUACCUCUACUUCACGCGGAUCAUCGUCUACGCCCUCAGGACCAUUGCUUCCUACAAAUAUCGGUGGGUGAGCGUCGCCGCAGAGGAGGCCGCGAGCCUUGCCUUCUACCUGUUCAUGUUCUACAUGUUCCGGCCUGUCGAGAGGAAUCAGUACUUUGUUCUCGACGAUGAGGAGGAGGAGGCUGCUGAGAUGGCGCUUCGUGAGGAAGAAUUCGAGCUCUAGAAGGUGGACGCGGGUUAGCAUUUCGGAUCAAGGGAAAGCAUGGUUAGGAGGAAGGCACAAAGUGGGCAUGGAGAUGAAUUAGGUAAAGUGAGGGUGCAAUGCUCUAGUAUCGAGAAAACAGGAAAACAGGCAGAAAUUUUGAGCCACUGGAUUUGAAUUAGGGGAAAUUAUCUUGAUCACUUGAGUCACUGCGACUAGCUCCAUUAGAAUCAUGCAUUUCUGAUUGUUUUCCUUGUUGCGGUUGAAAUUUAUUUACAAUUUUAGUUUUUCUGCUGACGUAUAUGAUGCAAAUAUUGUCUAGGAUCCCUUUGUGAGAUAUUCACAUUCUGGGUUGGCACUUUAUAACUCGAAUGCUUUAUUUAGUUAAGUACACUUGUUUAUUGGCCGGUCAA